UACUUUACUGUACAGUUACUGUAUUCAUGUACAUUCAUGUAAUAUCAUAGCCCAAUAAAUAUCUUAAAUAUAGAAUACAUAAACAAAUAAAAUAUCCUUACAUUUUGAAUACGUGCUAUUUUAUUAAAGAAAAUGGCAGGUCCUAUUGUGGAAGUAGAGCAGGGUAAAUUGGAAGGUACUUUGUCGGAAGAUAAACAGUUUUACAUAUUUAGAGGUAUUCCAUAUGCCAAAUCUCCGGUGGGCGAGUUAAGAUUUGCGGUACCUGUUCCACCAGAGCCUUGGGACGGAGUAAGAGAUGCUGCGAAAAGAAGCAAUUUUUGUGUUCAAUUAGAUAAAGAAAGUGGCACUAUAGUAGGAUCUGAAGAUUGCUUAUAUCUCAACGUGUCCACGCCCAUUAUUCCACGAACAGAUUCAUCUUUGUUACCUGUCAUGUUCCAUAUUCAUGGUGGUGGCUUCGUCUUUGGAAUCGGAACAGAGGAUGCAGCCCAGGGAAUGGAUUAUAUAGUUAAAAAGAAUGUAGUGGUAGUCAGUAUUAACUAUAGACUGGGUGUCCUCGGAUUUUUAUGUCUGGACAGAAAAGAUGCACCAGGCAACAUGGGAUUACGAGAUCAGGUCGAGGCUCUUAAGUGGGUUAAAAAAAAUAUUAGCAAAUUUGGUGGUGACCCUAACAAUGUCACUAUAUUCGGAGUAAGUGCUGGUGGUGCGUCUGUUGAGUAUCUAAGUCUUUCGCCUAUGGCUAAGAAUCUGUUUCAUAAAUGUAUUGCUCAAUCUGGCACCUCGCUUUCACCUUGGUCUCAAAAUAAUAAAGUGAGGGAGCUAGUUAGGAACAUACCAGUUCUAAAAGGAAAGGUUGUUAAAAACGAUGAAGAACUACUUCAAUAUUUAAAAGACAUGCCGAUUGAUGAUUUAAUCAAAACAUCUAUGAUUGCAUUGGGUACGGACAAACAUAAUGGUGGUUUUCACUUUGGAUUUGUUCCAACUAUUGAGAAGCCUGGAGAUUGGGAACCAUUUUUGGACAAAUCUACAUUUGAAUUAUUAUCACAAGGAAGUUUUAAUAAAGUUCCAUAUAUAGGAGGAUUUUGUUCACAUGAGGGAAUUUCUCUGUUAGCUUUUAAAAAAGAUUUGAUAGAUAAAUUAACAAAUGAAAAGAAAUUUGAAAUACACUUGCAAGAAUUCUUUGGCAUUCCGGAUAGCAAUAUUAAUGAAGUAGCUGCUGAUUUAAAGUCUACAUAUUUAAAUAAUAGUAAUGGACAAGAGGAACUUGACGCACCUGCCAUAGAUUUCUACUCAGACAUUGACUUCACUGGUGGUAUUUUCGAAGCUACAACACUAAUAGCCAAACACAAUUCCCCCGUGUAUUUAUAUGAAUUUUCUUACGAUGGUGGUUUGAAUUUAAUUAAACAGAAGUUUAAGAUUAAUCGUAAAGGUACCAGCCAUGGAGACGACGUUGGAUAUAUAUUAAAGUUAGAUACCUUUAAAUCUGCAACGAUUUCUGAAACAGAUGAAUUGGUGAGAGAAAGAAUUAUAACACUAUGGACGAAUUUUGCUAAAUAUGGGAAACCUACACCGCAGAUUGAUAACGUCAUUACUACUGAAUGGAAGCCCAUUGGAGAUUCUGAAAUUGAUUAUCUAUUUAUAGAUGAAAAUCUUACUAUGAAGCAAAAUCCACAUCCUGAGAGGACUGGAUUAUUUAAAAAACUUUUUGAAAAUUACUACAAAAAUAAAAAAGUCUAAUUAGAUUCGGUAAUCGAUUUAAAUUACGUUGUUUAUUUGUUUGGCUUCUUUCUGUAACAGAUUUAUUAUACUUAUGAGUGCAAUUCAAUAUAUCAGAAUAUAGCACGAUAUGUAAUCCGGAUUAGUUCAAUUGAAUCAAAUGCAUUAUCCAAUAUAUCUAAAUGUCGCAAUACUGAUAAAUUCCAGUCGUAAUAUUGAGUUGCAUUGAAGCUUAAAAUAUGCGAAAUUACAUUUGAUAGUUUCAAUUUUAAAGUUCAUUUUAUAAAAUGUUUAAUUUUAAAUUUAAUGUAGUGCCUCAAAAGUUCGAUUGAAAUGUAGUAUAUACCAAUAAAUGUUUAUUUUUUACUACCGAAAUCGAUACUAGUCUAGACGAGCUGGUUUGGUUGAUGUAGUAUCGUGAUCGAAAUAAAAUAAUA